AUGGUUGAUAACAUUAUAGUUAGUGAGGUCGAAGGACCGCUAGAUGUUGUAAGGUGCUUUGUCAGGGAAGAAGAUGGACUCCAAGGACAGAAACGACAAUUAGUAGUCGUAGGGCUAGAGUACAUAGAUGUGUUCGAAGGUGUGGAACGGGGAGAGACUUGUAAAGUGCUGAGCCUCAGGACUGACGGAUGUACAGUGGCAGCUUUUUACUACAAGGAUCAUUCUAUAGUUGAUCGAAGAUUUUACAUUCUGUUGAAAGCUACGGGGCGAUUGGAUUUCAUCGACAUUAAUUACAAGCUGGUCAAGUCUCUGGAGACGCAGAUCGAUCAGGUAAGGUCUGAGCCAAAAUUCUUAUUUCAGGAUCCGCUGCGACCAGCUUUGGUUUUCAACUUGUCGCGCACUGAAAUCUACGAGAUUUCUACUAAGGAUAUUCUAAAUCUAGCAGAGGCUGACAUUAAACUAAGCUAUAUCACAUCUUCGCCGAUAGUGUCCAUAGACGCAUGCAUAAAUUUCAACGAUAUUUUAGAUAAAGAUGGCUUUACGUUGUCCAUACUUACACAUCCGUACGGGGCGAACAGCUACGAGUUGGAGGCCUGUAUGUGCGUAUUUGAACCUAAACCAGCCAAAGGCGCCAAAUGGCAAAGAACGAUCAAAGUAUCCUUUACGGAUGAGGCCGCAGUAUCACAAAUACUUUUGAAAUCUGUUGCCAAUAUUGGCAAUUUUGUGUUUACGCCUUGGAAAAUUUAUUUUGUCAAGCACGCACUGUCAUCGAACCAAACCAUUGGUGGUGAAAAGAUAGGCACAAUAUAUCAGGGAUCUGGCGCCUUUGCAUCCGAACACACACAGAGAAUAGAUCUUUUGCGACCCAUCCUUGCGGAAGUUACAUUGAAUUAUUUAACGUUUACAUUCCUGACGCAUACGGCUGUUGUUAUCACAUGCAAAAUGAACGCAAUAUUGAGCAGUUUUGAGGACGACACAUAUAUCUGGGAAAACUUUUCAUUUGAAAAGCUUCCCAGAAAUAAUGCUAUGCCAAUAGAACACUACCUUUCGGCUUUUUUUGAUGAAAAUUACUGGAUACUGGUAUGUCCAGAGGGCCAUAUUACAAUGUGUUCAAUUGGAAAUGAGGACCGCGAUAGUUCCACUGCGCUUGGUUCCUUACUUUGCAAAUCAACUUUGUAUUCAGAUUUCAUAGGAAGCUACACGCGAUCGCAUUUGUCCUGCGGUCUAUUGCAUAAUGGAUUGGGAUUUUUAAGGUUGAAGUUUCAAUCAUAUAUGAAUAUUUUUGCUGGAACUUCCAUGAAGCUAAUUUUUCAAACCGAAAACGGUGCUCCUCGUCAAGUUUACUCUACAAGAAAAGGCAUCUACUGGGCGGAUGCGGAUAGUAAUAUCUACAGGGGCAGUGUGCGAAUAGAUUCAAAGGUAAAUGAUAAUUUUAUUGCCACCAGAGAUGGAACUUUACUAACGGACAAAUCUAUCGUCACUUUUGCCUGUAUUAGGAAAGAUAAAGAGUGUAACUACGUAUAUGUCACAAAGCAAGGUCGCUUGAAAUGGAGUCAUUCACAAGAAUCUUAUCAAAUUCAAAAUUUGCAUGAUAAAUUGACUAUAGAGAAUUGUUGUUUAUCCGCUAUUUCUAGGGGGGAUCAUUCCCCUUUGACAGUUCUUAUACUAAAUGAUGAAAUGAUAGUAUUUGAUUCCUGUAAUCAAUUGAAAAGUCGAAAAAAAACUUUCAAUAGCUUUAAUAAUUUAUCCUCUAUUUUCCUUCAUGAAUACGAAAAUAUGGUCUACAUUUUCGUAUCCGACGUAGAAGGAACCCUUUGCAUUAUAAAGGCAGCAACGUUGGAACUCUUAGAAAAGGUUAAAAUUUGUAAGAAGAAACUGCAGUUUUGCGAAGUACCUAAUUCAGAAUAUGUUUUUAUAUACACUGCAGACACUACGGUUCUUUUGAAGCCAUGUAGUGCGAAAGCCAAAUUUGAAAUACAUGAAGUACACGCUCCGUAUCAUAUAAGUCAUUUAGUUCCCGGAGAAAAAGAUGGCACAGUUAUCAUGGUUACUUCCCAAGGUCGAUUUUAUGAUGUGACUGUCCCAAGCGAUGUUGGAAAGGCCACUUUUAGCUCUGCAUUGGAGCAUGUUUCAAAACCUUGCUUCAAAUUUGUAACUUUGGAAUCUUCUUCAAGGUACAUCAUCGUUGCUGCUCUACCGGUAGCAAAACAAUUGCAGGAUAGGUAUUCCGAAAUUUAUGUGUAUGACAUUAAACAAGUCAAGAAGAUUUCCGUAUUCAAUUUCUUUACCAUCAAUAAUGAUAUCAAAAGUAUAAAAUAUGAAAACGUCCUGAUAUCAGAUAUAAUUAGUGUACCAGUCAUCAAAAGGAGCGAAACAUUAGCCAAAAAAAAAGCUUCUGAACUGUAUAAGGAAGUAAUUUUCAAUUCAUGUAUUUUGGUGGCUUUGAAUUUAAACUCGAUAGAUGACAUCGACAGCAAUGACAUGAACAAUCUAAUGUUGUUUUCAUUCGAUGAGAAAUCAGGAGCUAUAGAAUAUCUUUUUGGGAUUAACACUGGAUUUUCGAUUACUGGGCUGUAUAACUACUACAACAGUUGUGUCUUGGUUUACGGGGAAUCAGUGCAGGCUUACCAACUGAAUUAUUCAGUUCAUGAGGAUAAGUUCAGCAUAGAACAAGUUUCAAAUAGGCUUCAUAUUUCUGGUGUUGCCAUAAUAUUAUCUAUAUUGUUUGACGAAGGUAAGGCAAAGAUGGCUAGGAAGCAACGAAAUAUAGAUACCUGGGUUUAUUUGGAAAAAAUGGUUCUACUUGACAUACGGAAAGGUAUGAUGAGGUUCAAUGUCAUCCACACAACAGAUGGUAAUGUCGAAAACAUACUAUUGCAAGUGCAUUCUCUAGACCCACUUGAGAGAGAGCUUGUUAAUAGCGUUAAUGACGGUGAGAGAAUGAUUACUGGUUCAGCAACCACAACUUUCAAGAAUACUAGAUAUCUCUUGAACUCGUACGGCAGUCAAAACCUCACCUUAUUCAGAUAUACGCUUGAUGGUGAGGAAAGAAUAGAUCAAACUGUACACGAAGUUGCUGCACAAGUGACAACUGUUAAGUCGGUGGGAACCAAUGAUUUUGGCAUUGGUGCAUUCUUAGAUAAAACGACUUUCACUCCCUUAUUCUUGGUCAAUACCUUAGGUAAUGGUUGUUAUGUGAUUGGAUUCUUACACGAAGAGUCGGCUAUCUCAUCGUAUAAGCUAUCUGAAGAGAAGGCAACGUUCACAGGGCCGCGUUACAAGUUCUUUGGUUUCCUUACCCCUCAGAAAGACAAUCAUGCUGUUAUAUCAGGGAGUUAG